AUGAUAUUUCCUGAAGGUGACCAAAAUGUUAACACAGAUAUGAGAGGAUUACCCAUAACUAAUUCAUGGAAACUUCUUACGGCAUUAAGAUUUUAUGGAACAGGAUGCAACCAAUUGGUCAAUAGUGAUAUGUUUGAAUUAAGCCAACCAACAGUCAGUCGUAUUAUUAAAGAUAUUUCCUUGAGAAUAGCUAAGCAUCUAAGAAUAUGGGUUAAAUUUCCUCAAGCCGACCAAGAAGAAAUAAUUAAAAGGACAUUUUAUGAAAUAGCUCGAUUUCCCGGUGUUACCAUGGCUAUGGACUGUACUCAUAUACCAAUUAGCAGUCCAGGUGAUGAAAAUGCCGAAGUAUUCCGUAACAGAAAAGGAUGGAUGUCUUUUAAUGUUCAGUUAAUAGUGGGGCCUGAUAUGGAAAUUUAUGAUGUAGUUGCCAGAUGGCCUGGAUCUGUGCACGAUUCAAGAAUCUUUCAGAAUAGUAGAGCUCUAGAGUUGAUAGAAAACAGGUAA